UCAGUGCACACAGAGAGCUGCUCAGAGCUGCUGCAGCAACACAGCACAGAGACUGUGCAAGAAGGAGAUAAUUCCUGCCUUCAGCAGCUGCAGUCAGGAGAUAUUCACAAAGUCUCUGAGUGGGCAGAAGGGGGAGGGUGCAGGAAUGCACUGAGACUUGUCUACUGGUAGAGAAGAAGUUGGACCAGAUGCUUUGCAAAGGUAGAAAGUCAGAUCACUAACAUCCUCUCAACAGCAUGAGGUAGAGGUAGGGGUACAGUAGCAAUUGGACACUUUGUGCCUAAUAUUUAAUAUAAAGUAACUAUUACUUAAAUAACACUAACAAACUGUCACUUCCUCAGAUAGCAGCAGUUAGUGCUAUUAGCAUUUUUUGAUUAUUUAUUAGGAGUAUUUUAAAUUAUUUUAGUAUUUAUAUUUAUAUAUAUUUUAGCAUGCCUCAUUUUUCAGCACAGCACUGAGAACUUUGGAAAGCCAUCUGUGCCAGUCUCCAUUACUGCUGGUACAGGAGACGGGCACCAUGACAGGUGUGACUUGUGUAACAGGAGAGAGUGCGUGUGAAGGGGUCUUACUGUCCAGUAAGGUGGCCAGAGGGCAUGUGGGGCACAGGAAGGAAGAGGUGAGGGCCCCUACCUGUGAUAGGUGGGACGCUUGUGGAGACACUGGAAGAACUAUGUCCAGGGCAGUGAAGAAACACUACCACAAGCACAGUAUUAAACACCGCUACCAACUCCUGGAGACCCUAGGAAGAGGCACUUAUGGAAAAGUAAAGAAAGCUCUGGAUAAGGCGACUGGGAUGAUGGUGGCCGUGAAGUCUAUUCAGAAAGACAAGAUCACAGAUGAGCUGGAUAGAGUACAUCUUCAGCGAGAGAUUGAGAUCACUGCUAUGCUGAAACAUGAGCACAUCAUACAGGUCUUCGAAGUAUUUGAGAGCACAGAUAAAAUCAUCAUUGUAAUGGAAUACGCAAGCAAUGGAGAGCUGUAUGAUUUCAUUAAUAAUAAGCACCAGAUCCCAGAGAGCGAGGCUCGCAGGUUCUUCAGGCAAAUUGUCUCCGCAGUCCACUACUGCCACAAGAAUGGAAUUGUGCACAGAGAUAUAAAGCUGGAGAAUAUUCUUUUGGAUGAAAACUUGAAUGUAAAGCUUGCAGAUUUUGGUCUUUCCAACCUCUAUCAAAAGAAUCAAGUCUUGGAAACAUACUGCGGUAGCCCGCUGUACGCAUCACCGGAGAUUGUCAAGGGACUUCCGUAUAACGGACCAGAGGUUGAUUGCUGGGCCCUGGGUGUGCUUCUCUACGCACUAAUCCAUGGAAGCAUGCCGUUUGACAACAGCAAUUAUAAAACACUUGCAGAACAGAUUGGGAGUGGCCAGUACAGAGAGCCUCCUCAUCUCUCCGGAGCUUGUGGACUGAUCGACUGGAUGCUGACAGUAAACCCAGCAAGGAGAGCUAGCAUUGAAGAUAUUGCCAAUCAUUGGUGGGUUAACUGGGGGUAUGACACUGUGGUUUGCGACUGCGAUCUGGUACCUGAGUGCCAGUCUCCGCUGCUGGCACGGUACAUUGAGUGUCAGAACACACCCGGUUUCAAAGGAACAAAAAAAGAUCAAUGUAAAGUCCAACCGGGGGAAGAGGAAGAAUACGAAGCUUGCCUGAGAAAGUCCAAAAAGGAGAAUGACAUUAAUCAGUCUCAAGAACCCGAGCCGAAUGUUCCUAGACAAAAACCCAAAGGGAUCCUGAAGAAGAGGAGCAGCUUUGACAGCUCUUUCUUAAACUCCAAUUUCUCCGAGAACCUGUCUCAGAAUCGCUUGGAACUGAGCAGAGAAGCACAAACCACAUCCGCCUAUGACUCGCACAAGUCAGUUCAUAUCGAAUGCUCUUUCAGUAUGCCAAAGAAAGGCAUUCUGAAAAAAACAUGUGAGAGGGAAUCGGGUUAUUCAUCUUCCCCGGAGAGGACCAUUUCAGUCGAAAGCCAGAAGACCUACCUCAAAGUGCCAGAGCAGAAAGCCAAGCCAGAGAAACACACAAAGAGGAAAAAAGGCAUUCUAAAAAACAAUGGCCGCUUUUCAAACAGCUUGGAUCUGUCAGGUGACUGCCCAACACUCCGGCUUUCAGACUCCGACCUUGAUAGUCCACAAAGUCCAAGUCGGCCGUCGAGCGUCAUUAGCGAUGACAGUUUUCUGUCAAGUGAUUCCUUCGACCUGAUUGACGUAUCUUCUGAAACAAAAUCUCAGCUCUUCUCCUAUAGUGCACGGAGCAAUUUCUACAGUUCCGAAGAGGAGAAACAAACCUAAGGGGACUAUUUGCAAUCAAGACCGUAAAACGAUAAUGACCAAUAUUUGUUUUUACGCUUAGGUCAAACUAUACAGAACUAAACAGACGAUUGAAAAGUCAGAUUUGAAGUUUGCACAUCUUCAGCGCGGCAACUGCAGCUGCACUGGAACUUGGAAAACAAAUUCCGCGUUGAUAGCUGUGAACUAUUUUGUAAGCUGUUAUACGGCAAGAGAUCAAGUAACUUGCCUUGGGCUGGGUUUUCACGCCAUAAUAAAUUUGGUGCCAGCGCUGAGUGUAUUGUAAAGCUCACGCUGCAGUGUAAUUUAAGCAACACGUGGGCUUCAAUCUGGCAGGACAUGCUGGGACUUGUAGUUCCACAACAGCUGGAGUGCCGCGGCCUGAAUAAAUUUGUGGUGCCCUAGUUUACGCUCUCCAGUUUAUAAUGUUUUUAGACAAAGUUUACAUAGUAUCACUACAUGAACAGUUGACAAUCAGCUGGUGUUGCCCCAACCAGGGGGUAAAUUUACUAAGAUGGGAGUUUUAUUUAAGAUGGGAUGUUGCCCAUAGCAACCAAUCAGAUUCCAGGUAUUAUCUUCUAGAAGGUGCUAGAUAAAUGAGAAGUAGAAUCUGAUUGGUUGCUAUGGGCAACAUCCCAUCUUAAAUAGAACUCCCAUUUUAGUAAAUUUACCCCCAAGUGUUUUCUGAACUCGGAGCCUGACUGACAAACUCCAGAAGUGAUUAUUGGUCUGUAGUAUUUAUCACUACAUGUGGCCGUACCAAUGAAAUAAAAACUUGGGGAAAGUUGGCUUUAUGUUAUGAUAGAGAAAAACAGUCCGCCAGCCACACACAUUUAGUGAAAGAAUGUUUGCAGAUAAGAUGGUGUAUUUCUUCUCAAGCCAAAGGAAAUGGUUUAACAAAAUAUGGAAAUGCCAGAGCAUUACACUGAAGAACGGUAUAUAAAUAAUGGUAUUAAGACGCACUUUGUUCUGCCUUCCAGACAACAGUAGAAAACAAUGGCUCUUUUUAAGGAAGUAAAAAAGAAAACAAUCCACAUUAGCUGCCUUACUGGCACAUACCAGCACAUGUUACCUUGAUUAUAUAAAUAUAUUGCCCCCCCAGUGUGAGGCUUACUGUAAGAGAGACAGGCAAAUUCCCGUAUCGGCACCGUUUACACUGCACCCGGGUGCAGUGUCUUGUGGGCCGGCACUUAGAGAUGAUGUUGUGUUGGAUUCCCGGGAAAGUGGACCCGGGGUUUAGGAGAAGGACCCUUUUACACCGCCUGCAGUCCAGGGAUUUUGCGCGCUCCCGUGUAAAAUCCCGGGAUAUUUCAGGUGGUGUAAAAGGGGUCUUACUUACACACAAUGGUCAUUUAUGAAGCCCACCAGAUACGCACUGCAAAGCACCUUAAUUUUAGAAUUAAUUUGGAGAUUGUGUGUGCCUCUUUGGGGAUGCCUUUGCAGUUUAGAAGUGUGCCAAGGGUUGUGUAGAUGCGGACAGUGCUGCACCUUGGCAAAAAUUUCCUCCUUGCGUUCUAAACCUAUGUACCGGGUGAGCGAACUAGGCGCGUCUGAGCGAUCAGGAUCCUUUGCGCAUCCGCAAGUGCCUUUUGUGCUUUGUAAAUGCCCUCCGUGUCACUUCUAGUUCAGAGAAAACUGUAGGCUGAAUGACUUUUGGUGCCUCAGGGGGUCAUUCCGAGUUGAUCGCUCACUAGCAGUUUUUAGCAGCCGUGCAGACGCUAUGCCGCCGCCCACUGGGAGUGUAUUUUAGCUUAACAGAAGUACGAACGUUUUUAUCGCAGAGCGCCUGCAAAAAAUUUUUUGUGUAGUUUCAGAGUAGCUCAAAACCUACUCAGCGCUUGCGAUCACUUCAGACUAUUCAGUUCCGGAUUUGACGUCACACACCCGCCCAGCGUUCUCCCAGCCACGCCUGCAUUUUCCCUGGCACGCCUGCGUUUUUACGAACACUCCCUGAAAACGGUCAGUUGCCACCCAGAAACGCCCACUUCAUGUCAAUCACUCUGCGGCAACCGGUGCGACUGAAAUGCAUCGCUAGACCCUGUGCAAAACUGCAUCGUUUGUUAUGCCCGUAUGUCGUGCAUACGCAUUGCGCCGCAAACGCAUGCACAGAACUGCCUUUUUUUAGCCUGAUCGCUGCGCUGCGAACAAAUGCAGCUAGUGAUCAACUCGGAAUGACCACCUCAGUCCACAAAGUAGCUACUGCUAAUAUGGGUAGAUGACGGGUAAAGGUAAACUAAGGCUUCACCAAGCAAAAUGGCCCAACACACAUCUAAUAUUAAUUCAGGUUUUUAUAAAAACUGUUCUGCACGGAACUGUGUAUGAAUGAAAGCAUUGCUCAUAGCAACCAGUAAUAUUUUAACUGAUGUAGUACAGUUCACAAAAUUUAAGCAAAAUACCAAUUGACGGCUGUGGACAACACAGCCGUAUCUACACGGCGACCAGUGGAAAAGUUCUCAGAAACGUCUCUUUGGUGAAAUGUUUACACAUAACUCUCUUUUUAACUUUUGAGAUGAAGUUUAAAAAUGGAUCUCUGAGAUUUGUUCAAUAAUAAUAACCCUGACCUAGUAUUCUGUGUACACUGCUGUGAAACUAUUCCAUGCCUUAAAAGAAAAAGAAACACUGCAACAGACAUUACACAUUAAGGAGUCGCACGCUAGAUAGAGACCAAUACAGACGUUAACAUGUUCUUAUUAAAACAAGUGGCUACGAGUAUGUAGCUAUGCUGUCAUUGUCAUGUGACUUCUAGGGAUACACUGUCAACAGAGGGAAAACAAAUCGUGAAUUGUCAGUCAGGCGCGAUUGAGGGGGAGGAAUUGCAGCUUGGCUUAUAUUGAUUUGCCCUUAGUUGGUAGUCACGUAGACACAAUAAAUCCAGGGGGGGGAUGUAUCAAGUCUUCUAAAGAGUGAAGUUAGCACCCCCCCUCCUCCUCCCAGUAUCAUACAAACUGUGGGGAAAACAUUUCCUAUAGAUUGUACAGUAGACAAGCUGCCCCUGCAGACUACGCUCCGAAUCCCCAAAAAUAUAAUUUAUUUAAUUGUAUAGCUGGCUAACUGAGUGAUAGCAUAAAGCUAGUAUUUAUUUUGGGGUGUUAGGUGUAUUAUAAGUUAAACAGGCCUGAUAAUGCUACAUUCUGGUUGCUCGCAUUGUAAAGCUACAGUGUUAGGUUUCAGAAUUAAAAUACCGGAUAACUUUUUUUAUUUUUUAUUUUUCAGUUUUGUUGAAUAAAACAUUGGACGUACGAGAUAAGUGUACUUGUGAUGUGACUGUUAGGAUGGAGUUUACAUACCCUGCUGUAUGCUGGAUGUGAUCCUAGUUCUAGUUUUAUUCUCAACAAUGUUUCAAAAUUAAAAACAAAAACAAAUCAAAUAAGA